UCCUUCGGAAUAUACGGAACUAACAAUCCUUAUGGGUAGAACGUGUAUCGUCGUCCAAUUCCGCUCACAAUUACGCUCUAUUGAUAUAAUUGAACUGAGAACGAAAUGCAACAGGUGACCGCCUUCCGCUACUCCACAAUCUCAAGCGCAGACGCACAAGCCCGUCACAACCUUUGAUCGCCAUAGCAACGCAAACAUUGGCCAUGCAAAACAAUCCCCGUUCAUCCCCACAAAAAGGGGAUUUCUUUCCUAAUUCGAUCCGUACCGAACGAAAUUCGCCCCCGAAAUGGAGCUUGAACUGACGCGCGUCGACUACACCAACGUUGGAUUAACUGGACCAAACAGUCUGCAGCUGUUGCCCGCGAGCGCCAGCACUGCGUCCAGUAGCGGCGGCGGGCACAAGCAGCAGCAGAAAGUGGCCAUCGGCGACCAGGACGGGGUGCUGCAGCUGUUCUCCAUGAAGAAGGACGAGCUGCAGGUGCACUUUAAAACGCUGCCGAGCGAAAAGAUUGCCUCGGUGAAGCUGGGCGGGCAGGCGGGCUCGGUGGCGGACAAAAUUUUCACCGCCUCCGAGAACAAGGUGCGUGGCUUCAACAAGAAGGGCAAACUGUUCCUCGCGUUCGAAACGAGCCUGACCGAAACGAUACGCUCGAUGUGCGUGAGCGGGAGCGAUCUGCUGGUGUGCGGGAAUCACGUGUACAACCACUACCGGGACUGCAAGGAGGUUGGGUCGUACCUGUGCGGGGACGUGAUAGUGGACGUGGCGGCACUAUGCCCCAACAACACCAGCCGGUUGAUAACGGUGCUGGCCUGUUCGGGGCGUGUGUUGCGCGUGCUGGAGCAUGCCCGUGUGCGCCAAACGCUGGAGCUGGAAAGUGUGCCGACGGUGCUGUACGUACCGAAGGGCAUAGGGGAUCGAAUUCUGUGCGGCUUUUCCGACGGGAGUGUGAUACUGUUUCAUCUGAAUCUGCUGUCAACGGAGGUGAAGCGAGAGGUGCUGGUUGCCGACCGGCAAGGGGAAGGAAUACUGAGCGCGGUCACCUGUCUCGCGACGUACGAUCUUUCCGGCGACGGCAAGGAAGAGUUGAUCGUAGGACGGCGCGAUGGCACGCUGCAGGUGUUCGCGAUGAACUCGGACGAGUAUCAGUUCGAGAUGGAAUGUACGCAGAUCUAUCGCGACAACUUUAGCGAAAGCAUAUCGGCCCUGCAGGGCGGCUGUGUCGGGGCCACCAACUAUACCGAGAUCGUGGUCUGCACCUACUCGGGCCGCAUCUUUGGCCUGACGACGCAAUGCAUUAGCAAAAGCCUGGGCGACAAUGGGUCGCGCAGCGCGGAAAAGCUCGCCGGCACACCGGUCGAUACGUCCGCCAAGCUGCAGCGCAUACGGGCCGAGAUUUACGAGCUCGAGCAGACGAUCGCGAAGGAACGGGAGCGCUAUCAGCUCUCCACGCAGGCGCUUUCGUCUGGGCUUUCUGCAAUACCGAUGCUACCGAUAAACGAUGCUUUCCUUCUGUCGAAGGACGAUGCAACGUACCUGCUUUCGCUGGAAAUUCCGACACCGAUCGAGCACGUGCUGCUGCAAUGUGAUGCACCGAUCACGCUGCUCGAUGUGGAGAAAAACACGGCCGUCGUGAGCUUCAGUGAGUGCGAUAAGCUGAGCGGCAACAGUUUGCUGGCGAGCUACCGGUGCCAGUUGAACACGAACCGGAUCGAUCUCAAGUUCCGCACGAUCGAGGGUCAAACCGGCACGCUGCAGGUGUACAUUACGCCCAACCUGCAGCCCAAGUGUUGUCAGCUGAAGCGAUACCCCAUAGCGCCACUGUCGCUGCACAUGAUCGUGCACAAUGCGACGGACGAAAUGUUGGCCCGGCCGAUGAACACGCUAACGCUGCGUGGCCCUUUCAGUCAGGCGGAGAUGCACAACUGGAUGAUCAACAGUAUUCCCGAGCUGCCGGAGAAGCUGUACGAGAGUGGUAAGGUGUCGUACACGUUUCGGCACGUCUUCAUCGGUACGCUGCUCGUCUGCGAGUACGGCAAGGGGGAGGCCACGUUUCGAAGUGAUAACAUUUCCACCAUCUCGAUACUGAAGGACUUCAUCACGAAGGAAGCGACGAAGAAGCGCAUUAAGCUGGAAAUUUCUACGUCUAUAAACGAGUCAACGAUACCUUCCCUGAUCAAGCUGAUCGAGCCGAUGAUUUUACACUACAACAAACUUACCAAGGACUAUCAGCUGGCCCAGGCCCUGCUCGAUCUGGACAUUCGCGACGACGACGAGUUUAACACACUGUCCGUGGAGUACCGGUCGCUCAUCCGCAACCAGCAGGCGAUCGGUGCCGAGUUCCGCAAGCAGCCGACGAUACUGAACCGGAUCUACGGCAUCCUGACCGAUCUGUACAUCGACAAGUUCAAGUUCAAGGGCGUGAACGUGAAGACGAAGCUGCCGCAGCUGAUCGAGCUGCUGGAAAAUUACUCCUACGACGAGCUCGUCCAGUUCUACAGCGUUGUCAAGGCAGGCGACGAAGAGCUCGGCGACGGUUAA